AGAAGAGGAAGCAGAAGCUGCAUUUUUGUUGUUUCAGUUUCUGUUUGGUUUUACUGACACACAUGUCCAUCUCUUAAAGAAGUUCGACGCACAAAUGUGCAAGAAAGUAGAUCAACUGUGGGCCAUUGACGGGGAAUCUUUUUGUCAGCUCUAACGUGCUGUUUACACUGUCCUCAUAAAACCGGAAAAACGCACUUUUGUUGCGGCCGCUCCUCCCCUUUUCACGGGUGUUGUCCAUCAAAGUGAAAGUAUAAUUCAUCGGCCUAUAUUGGACUUUUAUGAAAGCAGAAACAUCUUUACACAAUUGUAAUGGAACCAGAUGGAGAUCCGCUUUAUGAGAAACUAUCCACAGAUACGGGUCCACACAGACCAGAUCCUCCAGAACCCAGCUGUGUGUCCAUGAGGAGUGACUGGUCAAUGGAUCAUCCACCUAAGCUUAGUGGACACAAUGAAAAGUCUAGACCAGAUCCUCCAGAACCCAGCUGUGUGUCCAUGAGGAGUGACUGGUCAAUGGAUCAUCCACCUAAGCUUAGUGGACACAAUGAAAAGUCUAGACCAGAACCCAGCUGUGUGUCCAUGAGGAGUGACCGGUCAAUGGAUCAUCCACCUAAGCUUAGUGGACACAAUGAAAAGUCUAGACCAGAACCCAGCUGUGUGUCCAUGAGGAGUGACCGGUCAAUGGAUCAUCCACCUAAGCUUAGUGGACACAAUGAUCUUGGGUUCAGACCAAACCUGCCAGAAUCCAGCUGUGUGUCCAAGAAGAGUGACCAGUCAGUGGAUGCUCUGCGUAAUUUUAGUGGACACAUCUUGGGUCAGUCUGAUCUUGGGUUCAGCCAUGACCCUGCUGAAGCCCUCAAGACAUAUAGAUCAAAUGUGAGGAAGAAGUUUGAGUGUCUGUAUGAGGGAACGGCAAAGCAGGGAAACCCAACACUGCUGAAUGAGAUCUACACAGAGCUCUACAUCACAGAGAGUGAGAGUGGAGAGAUCAAUAAUGAGCAUGAGGUGAGACAGAUUGAGACACAGUCCAGGAGAGCAGCAACAGAGGACAAACCAAUCAAAUGCAAUGAGAUCUUUAGACCUUUACCUGGACAAGACAAAACCAUCAGAACUGUGCGUCAGAUGCUCCUGAAAUAUCUUCUGACACAUGUUGGGAACAUCUCGUACAGCAAAGAGAAAACGGUUGAGUUGAGAGAUUGUGGCGUCACAGAUGAAGGUUGUGCUGCUCUGAGUUCAGCUCUGAGAUCAAACUCUUCACAUCUGAGAAAACUGGUUCUGUUUGGGAAUAAAGUAGGAGAUGCAGGAGUGAAGCUGCUCUCUGAUGCACUGAAGGAUUCUUGCUGUAAACUGGAGAAACUGACGUUGAGAGAUUGUGACGUCUCCGCUGAAGAUUGUGCUGCUCUGAGUUCAGCUCUGAGAUUAAACUCCUCACAUCUGAGAAAACUAAGUCUGUUUGGGAAUAAUGUAGGAGAUGCAGGAGUGAAGCUGCUCUCUGAUGCACUGAAGGAUCCUCGCUGUAAACUGGAGAUACUGAAGUUGAGAGAUUGUGACGUCUCCGCUGAAGAUUGUGCUGCUCUGAGUUCAGCUCUGAGAUUAAACUCCUCACAUCUGAGAAAACUAAGUCUGUUUGGGAAUAAUGUAGGAGAUGCAGGAGUGAAGCUGCUCUCUGAUGCACUGAAGGAUCCUCGCUGUAAACUGGAGAUACUGAAGUUGAGAGAUUGUGGCAUCACAGCUGAAGGUUGUACUGCUCUGAGUUCAGCUCUGAGUUCAAACCCCUCACAGCUGAGAGAACUGGAUCUGUCUGGGGAUAAAGUAGGAGAUGCAGGAGUGAAGCUGAUCUCUGAUGCACUGAAGGAUCCUCGCUGUGAACUGGAGAAACUGAUGUUGUGGGAUUGUGGCUUCACAGCUGAAGGUUGUGCUGCUCUGAGUUCAGCUCUGAAAUCAAACCCCUCACAUCUGAGAGAACUGGAUCUGUUUAGGAAUAAACUAGAACAGUCGAGUGUGAAGCUGCUCUCUGCUUUAAAAAACGAUCCACAUUAUAAACUGGAGACACUGAAUACCAGCAGGUAUUAAAUGAUAGAGAAUAUGGAUCACGACAGACACAUUGAAGUCAACAGAAUCAUCAGAACUGAAGCUACAGUGAUCCAGCGCUGAUGUGUGUGAGUUACAGGAGUUUACAGAGGCACUGUCACGAUUACUUGGAUUUUAACAACAGCAGCUACACACAGAAAAGAGUAAGACAAAACUUAAAAUGUUUAAAGGGUCUGCUACUUUUACUUUUAUCUACUCGCAAUAAAAACUCAAAAUUGCACCAAAAAAAACAGGAUGCUUUUUGUGAUGCCUCCAAUCUCUGAUUUUUUAAUCUGGAGCACAUCACAAAAAUGAACAAUCUAGAUAAAUCUAGAUAAGCCUGUGCGUGUUUUACUAGUUGUGCUAUUUCAGACCUUUCAUUGCCAUUUAGACCUAUUACUGAAA